AAGACGAUCGAAGCGCGCCAGGCGACGCGGUUACGUGAUGGGUGCACGUGCACGCGACCUGCCCGAUCGGGAGAUCCGACAGCCGUCGCUCAGCUCAGCCAGGCUCAGCCCCGUGGGGUCUCCUCCUCCUCCUCGCUGCGUACCGCCGCUCUAUCUACGCUACAUCACCUCCACGAGAACGCGACACCCACGUCGCAUGAACUAGCUCGGGGCUCGGAUGAGUUCUGCUGGUCCACGCCCGCCCCACACACCACGCCCCAAGGACGACAAGCAGAGCUUCCACUAUAUCAUCCGCUCUGGCAUUGCAGGCGGGACCGCUGGCUGCAUCGCGAAAACGGUAGUCGCGCCGCUCGACCGAGUAAAGAUCCUCUUCCAAGCAUCCAGCCCCGAGUUUCAGAAGUAUGCUGGAACCUGGAGCGGCGCAUUCCGCGCCGCGUCGCAGAUCUACCAGGACAACGGCGCCCGCGGGCUGCUGCAGGGACACUCUGCGACCCUACUCCGCAUAUUCCCGUACGCGGCCAUCAAGUUCAUCGCCUAUGACCAGGUCGAGCAUAUCCUGAUGCCGACGCGAGAAUCACAGACGAAUGCACGGCGCUUCGCAGCAGGCGCGAUCUCUGGCAUGGUCUCUGUAUUCUUCACCUACCCCCUCGAGCUCAUCCGCGUCCGGAUGGCGUUCAGCACCCGCGCACAGUCUGUCCAAGUCCCGCACACCUUCCACCCUCCACAGUCCUCCCCCCCGCACCGCCCGUCCUUCCUCGCCGCCAUGUCCCAGAUCUACCACGAAGGCGCGAGCGCCCCGCCGCACUCCGCGUCCGGCUCCGCGAACAACAUCUUCACCCGUGUGCCGGUCGUCAAGUUCUACCGCGGGUUCUCCGUCACGCUCGUGGGGAUCGUGCCCUACGCAGGGACGUCCUUCCUCACCUGGGGCUUCCUCCAGGCCUACUUCGCGCCCCCGCCCGACCCGACGAGCCCGUCCGCGCGGCGGCGGCCGAGCCCGCUCGCGGACCUGACGUUCGGCGCGGUGGCGGGGGCGGUGUCGCAGACGGUGUCGUACCCGUUUGAGGUCGUGCGGCGGCGGAUGCAGGUCGGGGGGCUGACGCACCCGGAGCGGUGGAUGCACUGGAGCGAGACGGUGCGGAACGUGUGGGCGACGCGCGGGUGGAAGGGGUUCUACGUCGGGCUGAGCAUUGGCUAUUUGAAGAUUGUGCCGAUGACGGCGGUGAGCUUUACGGUGUGGCAGUGGGGGAAGCGCGUGCUGGGGGUGUAGAGCUGACAUUCUGUAUUGUUAUACGCACUUGCAUUACUGGCAUCAGAACUCGAACCGUGCACGCAAGCAUUCUACAAAGAGUUAUACACCACCGCGCGUCGUCGCA